UUCAAAAUCGAAAGUGCGCACACUUACCCCGUCCGACUCUACGCAAAUUGGAUGUCUCUAUUCCCAUCUCUGGUGGAUUUUUGUUGUAAAAUGCUUGGAUUUGAAAGGAGCUUUUAAUCAAAAUUUUAAGGAGCGAGUAAAAUGUUUAAGGAGCCUGUUUGUCGAUAAAAAAGCCGGCUCUGGCAACACUGCUAGAUAUGUUUAUUUAUAUCGCAACUUGACCUAAUUAGCUAAACUUAUCAACAGAACAUGAAAUCGAAUAUCAUAUCUGUAGCAUUCAAAAGCAACCAUUGACGAUCAGUCGAUCACGAUUUAGUCAAGAAUACGGUUGAAAAUAUGAACUUUAACUACCAUCAUAGCAAUCAUUGCUAUUCUUAGUCAGUUUUGUAGUGCAAGUGAAUUCGAUAUUAGUCGGUCCGAUUUGGAAACUUGUGAUUCCCACAAUAUAGAAUAUUAUAGAUUGUAUGGUUACAGAGAUUUUUUCGAAGUUAAUUCUAUGAAAACGAAUUUGAAAAAUGACAACGAACGAUUGCAUUUGAAAUUCUACGUAAAAGCUUCGAUGGAGGCUCACAUAUUGCUAUCAGAAAAUAAUAGUUACAAGUGGAAAUUUCCUGCUUUUAAUUUUCAAAUUGGUUAUUUUCAGUUUUCUUUCGGGAAGAAUCCUGGUCGUGGUUAUGAAAUCGUUAUUGGUGGCCUUAGAAAUACGAUUUCUUGGAUAAGUGCUGGAAGAGAUAUAGGUGUUAGAUUAAAAAGGGCUAGAAAUACUAAAGUUGAUUCUCCCAACAUCUUAUCGUCCUCGGAUCCAAUACCAAUUGAAAUAAUUCAAACCAAUGAUGGUGAACUUAUUGUAAAUAUACCCGGCUAUUCAGUACCCUUUUUGAAAUAUUGGGAUACAGAUCCCGUAAAUAUCAAUUAUUUUAGUUUUGCUACUUAUGGAGGAAAUUCAGCUGAAUGGUUCUUCAACUGUCCAUUCGAUGUUAUUUCUCACAUAAAACCCCAAAAGAUGAUUGAUCCACGACCAAAAGAAGAACAACAGUUGUUGCUAACACUUUUAGCUAAAAUAAAUGAUUUGGAAACAAAACUUAAGCAAGUACCUCAAACUACAACUCCAACUCCAACUACAACAACUACAGUAAAGCCGAAGAUAGAUAUACGAAUUGGAAAGUGAAGAAUCUUUGCGAUCAUGUUCAUAGAUCGUGAAAUAAAUGGUAUAAUUGUAGGAAAAAUCUUCCGGCAGUAACCUGGAAAGUUUAGUUAUUGUUCUUUUAUUUAUUUUUUGUGAUCAAUUCUUCGUGAACUUAUUAAAUAAAUAUUUGGGGUUUCCCUUUGAACAUUAUAGUAAUUUAUAAUUUGUAAUAAUGUAUAUAUUUUCACAUGUGCACACUGUACAGGUAAUAUUUUCGUGGAUGGGCUUUGAAUUCGAUGACUUAAGUGUUAAGUGAUCUUUCUAUGGUUAAAAGUAUCAAUGUAGGCAUUGCUUUUGUCUAUAUCAUUCUUCCAUAACUUUUGGGUCCUUUCCUUAGUCCUUCAA